CCUCCCACUUAAUUGGGGAUGAGAGAGAAGAGCUGACUAAACCAAUCGAGGCUAUGGAUGACGUUGCAAAUUUGUUGAAUGCCGUAAAUGAUCUAUUCAUUGCCGCUUGGCAAUUUGCCGCAGUCUUCUGUAGUAGUUUAUACCAUCUGGUAACGAAUGUAGCCAACCUGAUUUUCACUGUGACAGUCGCAACGUUCUCCUUCAUCAUCGAGGCAGUCAGCAAUGUUCCUCAGUUUGUGUUCCGUUUUUGGGCGCUUGUGCAACCUGCUCUUGUCUACUUCGUCAACUCUUUUGUUUACUUUUUCUCACAGUCCUGCAUCCUGUUGUCUUACUCAUGGAAUUUCAUGGGAAAAUUAAUUACAUGGGCGUGGUUUCAGGUGUGUGUAUUGGCUGCAAAUCUAGGAGUAGCAACUGUCUGGGUUGUUUCCACUAUGGUCACAGUGACAGGCGAGAUCUCUAAUAUCACAGCAAGAUUAAUUGCAUGGACAUGGCCUCAGGUAUGUGCAGUGGCUGCAAGUCUAGUAUUAGGUUUGUCACAAGUUUGGGCCUGGACUGCUCAAGCUGUAUCAUUUGUUGCAUAUCUUGUUUCUUCAUCAACUGUUUGGAUUCUCUUCUCUAUCACCUCAGCGACAAGCCAUGUCUGUAAUAUCAAGACAAUUACAUGGGUGUGGUCUCAGAUAUGUGAAUUGGCUACCAGCUUAGUACUAGCUUUGUCACAGAUUUGGAGCUGGACUAUCCAAGCUGCAUCAAUCAUUGCAUCUUCUGUUUCUUCAACAACUGUUUGGGUUGUUUCCUCUAUUGUCUCAGUGACAAGCCAUGUUCCUGGUCUUAUUCAGGGUUUUUUGGAAAACAUCAAAGUUGGUGUCAUUUUUAUCACUGGCCGUUUUUCAGUGGCACUGUCUUAUAUCAGGAGUAUUUCUUUGUCAACUUUUGAAAUCAUUGGUGUAUUAUGGGGCUACUUAUGGUCAUUUGUGUUAGCUCUGGCAUUAUCAGCAUGGAAUGUUUUAGCAAUUGUGUGUGCUUCAGGUAUUGAUCUGAUAUCUGGCAUUUUCAACUUUCUGUUACCUUUUCUACAAUUGAUAUGGCAAUUGUUAUCAUUGCAGUUUGUUCUGACAAUUAUUGUAGGUGGAGCAAUCAUGUAUGUACUGAUUAAUAAACGAAUGCCAUGGAUACAACCUCUUUUACAAAGGGAACAAAAUUCUCGUGGAAGACAACAGACUGCUGAGGAAAAGAGGACACAUCAGAAUUCAACUUGCAACCUUGAAAACAAUACUUCUGACCAACAGUGUUCGCAAUGCGUGGUUUGUUGGGAUAAGCCGAAGCAAGUUGCACUGCUACCUUGCCGUCAUUUCUGUUUAUGUAAUGAAUGUAGUAACCGCAUUAGAGACAGGUGUCCAAUGUGUAACUUGCGCUUUCGAGAAAAGCUGACUUUGUACACUUGAGGAAACACACUAAACAUUUGUUGUGGUGAGUU